GACCGGCUCUUGUCUAUCUGUGAGCUUCUUCUUCCACCCUCUCACACACACACCAGCCUCUCGUCUCUGCACUGAGGACACCCCAGGGUGUGUGUGAGAGAGACAGAGCGGGUCUAACUUUUUGUGCUGGAUCUUUAAUCCCCAACUCCAAGAACAAGCCUCAUUUAUCCUCUCUUCCUCGCCUCACUGGGUAGAAAACAUGAAAGACGCAGCAACCAACAUGCGGCUGAAGCUGCCUAUCAUCUGCUUCAUCCUGGAGAUCAUUCUCAUCAUCCUCUUCGGUGCCUUGGUGCAGUACGACGAUGAGACGGAUGCAAGCAAGUGGCAUAACAAGACCCACUCUGACUAUGAGAACGACUUCUACUACCGCUACCCAAGUUUCCAGGACGUGCAUGUGAUGAUCUUCAUCGGUUUCGGCUUCCUCAUGACCUUCCUGCAGCGCUACGGCUUCAGCAGCGUGGGCUUCAACUUCCUGAUCGCAGCCUUCGCCCUGCAGUGGGCCACACUCAUGCAGGGCUUCCUCCACGGUAUGCAUGGAGGCAAGAUCCACAUCGGGGUGGAGAGUAUGAUCAAUGCUGAUUUCUGCACCGGCUCUGUGCUCAUCUCAUUUGGAGCAGUUUUGGGUAAAACCAGCCCUGUCCAGCUGCUGAUCAUGGCAAUAUUCGAGGUCACACUGUUUGCUGUCAAUGAGUUUAUCCUGCUGUCUGUUCUGGAGGCCAAGGAUGCCGGAGGCUCCAUGACCAUCCACACUUUUGGAGCCUACUUUGGCCUUAUGGUGGCCCGAAUCCUGUACCGGCCCAACCUGGAUAAGAGCAAACAGAAGAACAGCUCAGUCUACCAUUCUGACCUGUUCGCUAUGAUCGGUACCAUCUACCUGUGGAUGUUCUGGCCCAGUUUCAACUCUGCCAUCACAGCUCACGGAGACGACCAGCACCGCACAGCCAUGAACACCUACUACUCCCUGGCAGCCUGCACUCUGUCCACCUAUGGCAUGUCUGCCCUCACAGCACACGACGGCAAGCUGGACAUGGUCCACAUCCAAAAUGCUGCCCUGGCCGGUGGCGUCGCAGCGGGAACAGCUGGUGAAAUGAUGCUGACACCUUACGGUUCCAUGAUUGUUGGUUUCUUGGCCGGCAUCAUCUCUGUUCUGGGCUUCAAGUACCUCUCACCCAUCCUGGAGGAAAAACUGAAGGUCCAAGACACCUGUGGGGUUCACAACCUGCACGGCAUGCCUGGCGUCCUCGGCGCUAUUGUGGGAGCGGUGACUGCUGCCGUGGCAACCACAGACGUUUAUGGAAAUGGUAUGGCCGACGUGUUCCCUGAAGUGGCAAAAGGAAAUUUUAAUGCGUCUGACCAGGGCGGUCGUCAGGCCAUAUCCCUUGCUGUCACCCUCGGCAUCGCCCUGCUGGGAGGGCUUAUUGUCGGUUUCAUUUUGAAGCUGCCUAUCUGGGGUGCUCCUUCUGACACCAUCUGCUUUGAGGACAACAUCUACUGGGAGGUGCCUGGAGACGAAGAGGGUCAUGAGGGCCAUGAGGGCCAUGAGGGCCAGCUGACCGCUGUGAGGACGGAAGAGUCUGAGAAACUCAACAGUUAAACAGAAUCACACACACACUCUGAGGGUUUAACAUCCUAGAACUUGAGUAUUACACCCUUUAGGUUUUAAAACAAAAAAAUGUACCUGCAUCGUCCUCAUGUCAACUGCCAAAUGUCUGUUUUUAUGUGUAAAAACUCAAAAAAUGAAAGAAACUACCUUUUAUAGCUUAUUGACAUCUUUGACCACUAGAGGUCGAACUAGAGCCAUCUCACUGUGCUACAGGCCUGUGAAAAGACUGCAUUGGGAAAUUAGUAUGUGUCUAUUUGAUGAAAGAUGCUGUCUAAUUGUCCCCUAAACCAGGCCAAGACGCGGUUACAGAAUUUAAUUUCAGCAGCCGGUUCAAACCAAAGACAAACAGACUUCUUCAGAGCCAGAAAUCUCAGCCUAGCCGAGUCAUAUACAAUUAAAAAAUGGGUUACAGUUUCACAGCAAACCAAUUUUGUUUUUACCAUUUUCUUUAUUUUAAAUAAAGGAUUUUCAUGCAAAACAAUGCAGAGACAAAAAGAUGUUUUUUUUAAAAAUGUAUGUAUCUCCUAAUAUUUUAGGUUUGGGAUUUUCUGUGAUUUUAUUUUUCAUAUUAAACUGUAUAUGAUUAGUUAGAAUAGAUAUGUCACUGUUUUACUGACUCAGUUAUGUACCUUUAUAUUAAUUGUAUGUGGGACUUUUACGCCAAAUUCAAUAGAUUUUUAGAUUGGCCUAAAUCGAUUUGGCAAUAGAUGAUAGCAUUCACUGUUUUUUCAACAAUUUUAUGUGAAUUGAAAGCAUGUCGAAACACAUUAUUGGAUUAGUUUUUGGCUAAAUAAAUUGUUAAGUGUG